GACCACCUCACCCCCAUGGCUACCUGACGUACCCUUCAACAUGACCGGCUAUUACUCGCCUGCGUCUAUCCUGACAGAGUCGCAGAAAGUGCGCACGACGUUCGAGCUGGCCCUGGACAGUCAGCUGUCGGCCACGCUGAACAAUGGCAACGCGAUUGAACCCGGCACACAGAUCCAUCUCCCCAUCUGGCUCGGCCAAUUCCUCCAUGUCUCUGAGCCUGGCGGUGUUGGGACAGGAUCCAUCGCUUCAGUGGACAUGCCGAACGCGUUGGGAAAGAGAGUCAUCAACGCCAUGAGCGCGGAUCCGAAGAGCGUGGACGUGAGGGCGCAGGCGCAAUACUUCUAUGGCCUCGCAGAGAAGAUGCUCGAGACUCAGGUCAACGAUGAGCUUUCUGAUUGCUUGAUCGAUUCUUUCAAGCAACGCUCACUAGAGAUUGCGGAUAAAGCGCAGAACCUUCGUCAGACUCAGAAGACUGGGGGAAGUGACGAGUUCCUGAGAGGCUGCGAUGAUACGGAGGUGAUGGUCUAUAAAUCUGCACAUGAGGCUACCAAGGCUGUAAAAGCCUUCUUCGACGCCGAGUCUCAUCGGCUUUGAAGCGGCAUCGAUCUUUUCUGCCUUUCUCUGUCGCGCACGGGAAGUUCUUGCACUCCGAGAUCCAAUCCCGCUCCCUUGCACUGUCCAUUGCACUGCAGCCUUCGUUCGAAGCCUGGACAGAGCAUUCGUGGACCUGGUAUCAAUUGCCACUCUCACACUGGAAUCGAGACCUACUCGAAAUGCCGCGUUGGCUUGCUGCCACGACGCCACUCAGGCCUUGUGAUCAAUGAGGUUACGCCACCAGUCCAUUUGAUGAUCCGUGGCCCGAGAAUGGAAGCUGACGUCGGCGCUUUCUAACUCGUGUCCAUGUCUGAUUCUUGUGCAGCAGAUUAGGUCUGUAGGUAUGCUUCUCUACUGCAGAGAAAACAUCGAAGAAACGCCUCGAUACCUGCAUACUGUACUCGACGAGAGAAGCUAUAGGACUCUUAUGUGAAUGAAUAUCUUCAGACUUGGAUCCAGGCCUCUCUCUCAAACAUCGAAAACCCUGACACAACCAGAGCAUCCCCGAUUGAUGUACAGUGUCGGCUGGAGAAGUCAGCAGAGCGUUGUAAACGUACUUCAGGAGACAAUCGAGCAUUGUGGAGCGAAUUGGUCUUGCUCAUUUCUGCACCUCGUAACUAGCUACCGCUAUCAUCAUUGCUUUUCGUACGUAGGCCUACGAACUUCCAUUACACCCUUGUGCCAUCCAACCCAUUUCCAAGAUUACCAUCAC